AUGGCCCCAGCGGAAGACGUCGAACACUACACGAGUGUGGACACUACACGAGACAGGACACUACACGAGAAAGGACACUACACGAGACAGGACCCUACACGAGACAGGACACUACACGAGACAGGACACUACACGAGACAGGACACUACACGAGACAGGACACUACACGAGAAAGGACACUACACGAGACAGGACACUACACGAGACACGAGACGGGACACUACACGAGACAGGACACUACACGAGACAGGACACUACACGAGACAGGACACUACACGAGAAAGGACACUACACGAGAAAGGACACUACACGAGACAGGACACUACACGAGACACGAGACGGGACACUACACGAGACAGGACACUACACGAGACAGGACACUACACGAGACAGGACACUACACGAGACAGGACACUACACGAGACAGGACACUACACGAGAAAGGACACUACACGAGACAGGACACUACACGAGACAGGACCCUACACGAGACAGGACACUACACGAGACACGAGACGGGACACUACACGAGACAGGACACUACACGAGACAGGACACUACACGAGAAAGGACACUACACGAGACAGGACACUACACGAGACAGGACCCUACACGAGACAGGACACUACACGAGACACGAGACGGGACACUACACGAGACAGGACACUACACGAGACAGGACACUACACGAGACACGAGACGGGACACUACACGAGACAGGACACUACACGAGACAGGACACUACACGAGACAGGACACUACACGAGACAGGACACUACACGAGACAGGACACUACACGAGACAGGACACUACACGAGACAGGACACUACACGAGAAAGGACACUACACGAGACAGGACACUACACGAGACAGGACACUACACGAGACAGGACACUACACGAGACACGAGACGGGACACUACACGAGAAGUAA